CCCACUUCUAUCCGCCUGCCACCCCGCCUGCCCACCCACUCGCCACCCGACUGCCGUCGAGGAAACAACCUGCAACCGAACCAGCAUAACGUUUUCUCGAACAACGAUUUCCAUCCAUUUCGUCUUCACCACCGGCAUAAGAACUUUAGAUCUCUUUGACGACGACUCAGCACGCAGGUAGACGGAUUGCUUAGGGACACAACACAAAAGGAAAAGAUUUAUUAUUUCUGCGUAAGUGACCGUUAAGGCUGUAAAAUGGAGGGGAGUGGCACCGGAAUUAGCAGGCUUGAUUGCUACGAGGAUAUGUUUAAGGAAAUCACAAGAAAACUUUACGGCGAAGAUCCCGAUCAUAGAACGUCGAGCGUGCAAAACGAAUUUGAAACGUCGGUUUCGUACAAAAACGACGAAGAUACAGAAAAUGGUACAGAUGGCAGUGACGAUGGAAACUGGACAUACGACGAGGAACCGCUAAAAGGCACUGAUGGAAGCCGAAUCGCAGCUUAUCACGCCGGAAAAGCUACAUGGCGAUGUGACGAAUGCGGCGAUGUCAUGGCAAGUAGCCCACGCGAGAUUGCAGAGCAUUUUAUGGAACUUCACUCCUCGAGGAUUCUACUCGAUAAUAGUAGAAACAGACAUCAUUCGCCCCGCAAGGAUUAUUUGCAAACAGAUUUUAAAAUCGAGGACAUGAUUACGUAUUUAGAGAGACUCCGUGAACGCGCCGAACGGACGGCACCUCCUUCCAGAAGAACCCAAGAAACACAGACUGUACCUGCGGCUUUACUGCCUGUUACCUCGAGCUUUCUCCUGCAAGAACUGCCAUCCGUUCCUGCACCGCAGCAUUUGCAACAGAAUACAGCUACGAUGACUACCUCCGCUACAGCAUCCGUGAGUGGCAAACGAUAUACUUGUCCAUACUGUCCUUAUGGAACCGACAGACGCGAUCUCUACACGCGACACGAAAACAUCCAUCGCGAGGAGAAGCCGUUUCACUGCUACAUCUGCUUCAAACCCUUCAAUCGCGCCGAUCACGUAAAGAAGCAUUUCAUGAGAAUGCAUCGCGAUCAUGUUUACGAUGUCUCGAGAAUACGAAGACCGGUGGGAACAAACGCACCGAAGCCGUUGCAACAGGAUACAACGACAACACCAACAGCGGCGACUGCUAAUACGAGUAGUCAGCAGCAACCGCAACACAUCACUUGUCAAUCAACUUUUCCUAGCAACAAGGGUUAUCAGUUACAGCCGAAUGUCGCUACAUCGGGCAGCGGCACCAUCGGUAUUUAUCAAACAACGGCCAUGCCCGCGCCGGGAGGAAUCAUGCAAUCUGAUGCUAAUAACUGCAACACGGGCAGGCGCGUACAAAACGGCGGUUGCAAUAGCAAGAGUCAUCUUAAAGGUGGCUCGAAGAGCGCGCAAGAACGAAGAUAUUCCUGCGCAUAUUGUCCAUGGAGCGGCGUUGAUAAUUGGUGUCUGAAACGACAUUUGAAUACCCACACGAAGCCCUUUGCGUGUAGUUUGUGUGAGUACAAAGCAGCUCGCGCCGAGCGACUUUCCACGCAUGUGCUCAAGGUUCACAACAGGAGGCAAUGUUCGAGAUGCUCGUUCCUUGGCGAAGACGCAGCGCAAUUACAGAUACAUCAACUGCAUGUUCAUCGAGUUAGCAGUGCGAGUGCACCAUCGACAUCAACUGCUCAAACGGCACCGCCGCCGAGCAAUCGCCACCCGCAACCUUUACACCCCGUGGGAGGAGGACGACCACCACCUGGGCCACCAGUUUUUCCAGCACCAGCUCCAGCAAUCGCACCUGCUACCACUGUAAUACCGCCGAGCACUAUACUCGGUUACCAGCUAUUAUCGAGGGAAGAAGCCGAGGAGGACCGAUUUUCGGAACCGUGCCAUUCCCGAGAUCUCACGUGUAGACAGGACGAGAAGGAAAAUCAACAAAGACCGAGCGAGAGACGAUCUAGGAAGCAGAGCCAACCGAGACAGGUGAAAUGGCACUGGGAUUCCCGGCAGAAUCUAAUACCCGCGUUGGGUUUACAAGAUCUGACAAACGUCGAGUUGAAUAAUAGGUAUAUUAACGGUAAGAUAAGCAUAAUCUCUGGACGUCAACAAAAAUGGAUACAACGGCGCAUGUUCAAGUGUCAUUUAUGCGAAAAAUACGCGCCGGCCCGAGGAGUGAGCCGUCGCCCAUAUCACAGCAAAGCCUCGUUGAUACUUCAUACAUUAUGGCGACAUAAACGACCAUCUUGUCAUGAAAAGAAUCGCACGUUAACAGAUAGUUUGCCAUCGACUAUCUCUUCGAUCACGCUCAAGGCCACAUUUUUCACCAACCCAAAUUACAGAUAUCAUAGAUAACAGCAAAGUAGGUUGGGAGUGGCUAAGAGCGUAAAUUGUUAUUAUUAAAGUAAAAUUUUUUGAAUGAAUUAUAAUCUUUUUCAAGGAACUCUAGUCGAGGAUCUUUUCAUUUGAAUUUUGAUAUAUCUGCUGUAUUUUUGUACCUUACUGAUUAUCUCCUCGUUGAAUUUAAUGAUUAAAUUAGCUUUUUCUUUGUUACGGAAGUACCUUAAUCUAUCGUAGAAAUAAAUUUUGUACUCACACAAGAUGUCUAUGUCAGUAACAUAACAGUUUGUGUCUGUACAAGAGAAAAUUAUAAGAUAUACUGAUCUCCGUUUUCUCAUAGUAUAUUAUGCAGAAAAUAGACGCCUGUUCGAGGAAUGAACAAACCGUCGUCCAUAUCACAGCAGAUCUUCAUUGAUACUUUACACAUUGUGGCUACAUGAACAGCAAUUUUCAUGCCAAGAAUCGCGCAUCAACCGUCAGUUUGUCAUCGACCAUCUCCUCGAUCAUGCUCAAGACCACGUUUUCUCACCAACCCGAAUUACGGAAUAUCAUCAGUUAAUAGUAAAGGAGCUUGGGAGUCGCUAAGAACAUAACAUUGUUAUUAUUAGAGUCUAUAUAAGUUUUUUGAAUGAAUUGUAAUUUUUUUUUUAAUGAAUUCUAGUCUAGAUAAAUUUUUAAUUUAACUUUUUAUUUUUGUAAUUAGCUACCGUUAUCUUUCAUUGAAGAAAAAAAAAAAAAAUUUACUAAUCAACACAUAAUUUUCUGAUACCUGUAAAUUUUAUAUGUUAUUAUUGUCGGGAAUGUUUCAUUGUUUCCCGAAAUAUGAUGCAAUUAUUUUACAAAGAAAUUGUUUGUGCUAUAUUCUAGAAGUGCACGAAAGAGAAGCGUGAUAUAAAUAAAAUUAAUGUGAUGGGAAUCUUUAUAAUUGAAAGUAUUUUAACGUAACGUAUGUAAGAGAUAUGUAAAUACAAUUUUCGCCAUGAUAAUCUCGAUCGCUUUAUGUAAGAUAUCUGAAUUUAAUGUGUAUGUUAUGUAAAUAACUUAUCUGCCACAUGAGGAUUCAAUGACUCUUCAGAAACGAAAGAUGAUUUUUCAAGUAAUAUUAAAUGAACGAUAUAAAAUGUAGGUUUUGAUGAUUGAUUUAAUAAUCAAUGUUCUAUGGAUUUAUCUUCGACUAUCUGCACUAUGCGUAUACUUUUCGCUGUCUUACAAUUAUACUACCGACGAAGCAUCAUUUGAAAUAUAAUUAUGUAUCACGAUUAAGCAACAUACCACUUCUGUAUUUGGCUACAUAGCCAUAAUUUUUAUAAAAUUACAAUUUACUAUAAAGCGUUUAUAUACAAAAUCAUUAUCUUGUUUACGUU